CAAACCAAACAUUCUCAUCGUUCGUUUUCAGAUCAGCCAUGGAGGACGAGAUUGAACUGAAAACUGCUCCUGCUGAUUUCCGGUUUCCAACAACUAACCAAACGAGGCACUGCUUCACCCGUUACAUUGAGUUCCACAGGUGCACAACUGCAAAAGGUGAGGAUUCAAAUGAAUGCGAGAGGUUCGCCAAGUACUACCGCGCUCUCUGCCCUGGAGAAUGGGUUGACAAGUGGAAUGAGCAGAGGGAGACCGGAACAUUCCCUGGCCCUCUUUGAUUCAGACAAGAAUCUCUCUUUACCAUUUUAAGUUUGAGACCAAAAAGGUCGUGUGGUUGAUGAUGAAAUCUAACUCUUUGUCUUUCAUUAAGCGUUUCUCCUUGGAUGAUCAAUUAAAUAAAUUGGAAUCAGACAU